CAUCUCAUGUUCUACGAUAGACAAUUGAAGUUGAUUUUUUCGUGCCAGAAAUUUGGUCUGGAUGAAAUUAAUUCGAUAUCAUUUCACCUGUCUUCCCAUCGGAGAGCGCCUGAAAAAGUCGUCAGUGAAUCACUUGUGGCUUCGACGAGCAGCGAUUUGGACUACAUUAUCGAUUCGGAAGAUGAUACUGAAGACGAAGAAGAAGAAGUUGACAUCGAUGAGAACCAAACGAAGGAAGUUACGUCAAUGCCCAGAAGAUCCAAGUACCUGAUAGAAAGGGGUGAAAAAUUUGCAAAUCUUAGCUCAAACGUUACAAUAUUGGCGGAUCUGGGCCCGGAAAUUCAACCAGAGGGUAAUCAAGUUCGCCCAGAGGUCCAAGCGAUCAGCAAGCGCCCUGAUAACGUACCUCUAGACUAUACACUCAAACGAAAUCCAUUUUGUGUGGAAGAUUUCAUUGUCUCUACAGUUACGUCCAGAAUUGCUAGAAUCGAGAUCCGUCGUCUCAAAUGUCAUUUCAUCCUCCACCAGUCUGAGGCAGCCGUUACAGCCCUCGAUACGCAUCCCGACAGGGAUCUUUUUGUGACCGGAAAUAUGGUGGGGCGUAUUUCCCUCUACGAGUACAACAACCAUCACCUUUUGGUCUCAAAACAAACUCCAGCGUUACCAUCCUUCGAGGAAUUAAUUGCUCGUGAUGUUACUGGCUUGAUAACGGAUCACGUCACUUGUCCGCAACAUCAUCAGAGCCUGACGGGAGUCACGGCUCUGAAAUUUUCACCUAAUGGCCGGGAGUUGGCUUGUGGUAUGCAGAGUGGUGCCUUAUGGAUUCUGCAUCCCGAUACCUUGGAUGCGGAAUGGGAAAUUCCAUUCAAGCACUCUUCGAGGUCUCUCCUUGAUAUUGUAUUUUCAGAAAAUUCUGAUUACAUGGCGUACAGGGUACGUUCCACCGUGUCCACCGGUGUCACGUGGACAGACCAUUUCAGUUACCGAAUUUACUCUCAGGAUGACGGCACUGCAAUUGGAGCUUAUCGUUACAUAGAGCCACACAAAGCUGAGGACAUUUCUGGGGGGUGGAAAUUUUUGGGAAAACUACAUUCUCACUCUUUACCAAUAAGAGAGGUUCUUUUCGGACCAGCGUACAGUGGUAGCUCUGUUCCUAGGCUGUUCAGUAUCUCCGAGGACCGUAAUUUGAUCGAAUAUGAUCUGGAAACUAGUGGACCAUAUCCGGAGCCUGGCUUGAAAAUUUUGAAAACUGUUCGUGUCGAACAUUCGGCCGUCCCUCUCAGUUUGUCUUGGUACCCCAAGUUUGAAGUGGAGAGAUUUUUUGUAUUCUCAAAUACGGAGUACAAAUUCAAACUAUUGAACGACUGUACCAAAUUGAUACAAGGAACGUACCUCGGUCCCACUUUUGGCUCUCCAGUGAAUAGAAUUGCGUUUUUACCAAUGAGAAAUAUGCACAAUCAAGCUUACUUGGUGUUUUCCACGAACACUCAAAUAGGCUUACAGCUACUUCCUUUCGAUGGUAACCCAUUUGAGAUCGUGGGAAUUGUCGGUCAUCCCAAAAUGAUCACUCGAAUAUGUACCAGCUUUUGCGGCGGGUAUCUCUUCACCCUCGGUUACAAUGACCCCUGCGUUUUAAUGUGGAAGAUUUAUCCCCGGGCAGUGGACGUCAUGGCUAAACUAGGCGGUCAGAGUCUCUCCCCUUUUUAUUGUAUGAUCGACGGAGGGCAGGAGGGUUGGCUCUUGAACGAAAUGCAGGAUUUGUUUUAUUACGCUCAGAUAUUACACCAAGGAGAAAAGACGACUGCUAGUCGUAUAGUGACAGACAAAGUGCCCAUUGCACAACUGCCAAACCUUAUGAGGGCUGUCGGUUAUUAUCCCGACUCUAACGAAGUAGAGGAGCUCAUGACAGAGGUAGUUUUUAAGAAUUACGCUAAGACCGGGCAGUUGGUUGAAGAAAUUACUUUCGAAGAGUUUGUUAAAUUGUAUGUAAACUAUCGUCCAGUGUUCGGUCUCUCGAUGGAACACGUGAGAAGAUCAUUCGCCGCAUUUUGCGAUACUGAAAUGGAGAAGGAUCUAGUUAUAACUAGAGAAAAGUUUAUCGAAAUAUUAACCACGCUGGGAGAUCGCAUGACCGUCAGUCAGGCACAUGAUACCCUCAGACUUCUGAUGCCGCAAGAGGAAAGAGAGAACAAAGCUGUAGAUCUAAACUUCUCCUUUUUACCUGCGGAUAUAUCUUACAAAGAUUUUGCUGUGGGCAUCUUGGGGAUCGAACCUGUAGAGGAAAUGAAUUCUUCCUCGCCAGGCAAGGAUAUUCCACAGACACAUUAAUUCAACACGCAUAGCUGAAUCAUCCCUAAAGCGUCAUAAU